CUCCAGACGCGCUUCCCUUCAGCUGCUGGUCUGUUUCCUACUCACGCACUUGUGCAUCGCAACAGUUUAGUGUGUGUGUGUGUGUUGGACGGUCCGAUGAAGGUAUCCCCCGCCUUCUUUGCUCCCAAGCGCGCUUGUCAUCUGUAGCAACAGGAGGUGGAUCUCUCCGACUCGCACUGGCCGUGUCGUGUGCUCUCUGCUUCGUGAUCUGUUUUGAUUCUUUAAUCCCACUCCUUGCUUGCGACCCUGCGAGAGUGCAACUCAUGAUUGGAGUUGCGGUCCAGUCUCAAGCAAUCCCCCGCCAUUUCAUUAUAGAAGCGCCGAUCCUGUCAUGGGCGUCCUUGCCACCGCCUCCCGCACCGCAACGUUCGCACCACGCCCGACCAAUCCUUCCAAGAUGCUAGUUACAUCAUCACCUGUGUCCAUUUUAAAAACGCCUAAGAGCACACCAUCCUCGACCGGGAUUAAACACAGGAUGAUCAUGGGGGACGACUACAGUGAUCUAUCCCUGUCCCCGUCGUCCUCGUCCGACGUGGAAACCAGCCCAAGUCCCCGGAAGCGGACGCGGGUGAAGUUCGACGAAGAGGUCUUCAUGGUACCAUAUCAAGAGGAGACACAACAAGAGCGGAAGCCAGAGAAGAGCGCAGCCGUCGUCCGCGAGGAGGUGCGCCGAGCCAUCCAACGGCAUGUGUCGGGCACCGACAGCGAGGCGUACGACCGCAUCAAGGAGAUAUUUGCGGUGGACCCGCGGCGUCGGGAUGAGGACAACAUGUUUGCCUACGAUGUACCUACACACACGUCCUUGAGACAUCAUCUCCUGGGUCUUUUGUCAAACGUUGCGUCCUUGGAUCGCAGUUGCAACGGACUGGUCCAUGCCGUGCUGAAUAGCGUAUGGCUGGGCCGGGACGAGUCGUACAUCAAGUUGUAUAUACGCUUUCUCGGUAACCUUGCUGCCGCCCAGGGAAGCUAUCUGGGGUCUGUGCUCCGAAUGCUGGUCAAUUAUUUGGGAGAGCUCCCCAAGGACACGGGCAAGGUGCCUGGCUACCCGCAUGUCCAUGUGCCUGAGCUCUACGCCCGGGUGCACAUGGCCCUGCGCCAUGUGAUGCAGUUGAUUCCGUCUGGUAGUGGAACGCUGUCGCCCCUCCUGUCUGGACAAUUUCCUUUUGCUUCCGACUCGGCCAAGGCCAACAUUGCGUAUACGCGGAACCUCAUCCGAGUCAUCAGCUAUGCACCGGAGCUUCAAGGUGAUAUCCUUGCUGUGAUUACGGAAAAGCUGGUCAAGAUUGACGUCCAUAUUCAGGUGGACCUGGAGGACAUCGAGGAGGAAGUGGGCGAGGAUGUCCUGCAGGGUGUCUCUCCGGAAUCGGUCAUGAUCGAGGAGGAUGAUUCCGAGGACGACGAUGACAACGACUCCGUCCUAAGCGAUGACUCGAUAGAUAGCGAAUCCAAGAGGAUCAAGAUUGUUCGCGAUAACAUCCUCAAGCUGGAUGGCAUGAUCGACACUAUGUUCGAAUACUAUGCGCCUCCAUUCACGUCGGGCUCCUUAGACGACAAGGAGAACGCCUUCGACCUCCUGCUGAGCCACUUCCAAAACAUCAUCCUCCCAACGUACCGCUCGCGUCAUUCCCAGUUUCUCCUCUUCCACUUCUCUCAAUCAUCCCCUAUCCUUGUGGACCGCUUCGCCGCGAUGUGCACGGAGCUCAUCUUCAACAAGGCGCAGCCGGCUAUUAUGCGCCAAUCAGCCGCGGCCUACCUGGCCAGUUUCGUUGCUCGCGGUGCUCAUAUCUCUGGCGAGGUUGUCCGGGAUGUGUUCGACCUGCUGGGCACGUAUCUCAACAGCCUCCGUCUGGAUUAUGAGGCUACCUGCCGGGGCCCCGACCUUCGCCGCUACGGCCCAUUCUAUUCUACCGCUCAGGCACUGCUCUACAUUUUCUGCUUCCGCUGGCGAGACCUGACCACCGCUGCGCUUGAGGGUGACACCCCCGAGCAAGUGGACGAGCUGGAGCCGGAGGACAUCAUAUUCCCGCCCUCGGUCAAAGAAGUGCUUCACCAGGCCAUCCACUCCAAGCUGAACCCUUUGAAGGUGUGCUCGCCUGCGAUCGUGUCGCAGUUCGCGCGGAUGUCGCAGCACUUCAACCUGAUGUACGUGUUCAGCAUCCUGGAGACCAACAAGCGACUGCGCAUGUCCUCGUUCCGCAGCAUCGGUGCUAUGGCCGAUCCGCGCUUCAGCCAAGUCGAACGCGAGAUUCGCGCCGGUGAUGAUCUCGGGUAUCAGCUUGACGCUUACUUCCCGUUUGAUCCCUAUCAGCUCCCUCGCAGUCGACGCUGGGUGGAAAGCGACUACGUCCACUGGCGCGGCAUCCCGGGUCUCGACGGGGGUGAUGACUCAGACAGCGAUGCGGACGGGGACGAGUCCGAUGAAGAACUCAGUGACGGGACUGAAACGGAUGACGAAUUUUGACGAGUCAAGACCGACAAAAAGUUACCAAAAAAGUGCUUCUCUGUUUCUCUCGUGCUAUUGGCGAGCUCAAUACCCAAUCUGUUUGCAAUUUCCCCAUCUCCCUGCGUGCCGCAGGCCACAUAUUUCCCCGGGAAAAAAAAGUUCAUCUUGAGGAUCUCUAGCCACCAUUUUGUUGUCUGUUUGCAAAUUACUUAGCGAGGCGUAUGGAGAUUGACUGAUUUGAUUUCACAAUAUACAUGCAUGCAUACAUGCCUUUGUUGUCCCCUGUUUGAUACCAUACCACGCAGGUUGUUUCUGGUAUGGGUUAUUGUUCCGUUGGCUUCGCAUGCAGAUAUUGUUCAUAAUGAUGGAUGAUAAGUAGGAUGGAUCUGCGGGGUAGAGAAUGGAACAUUUCAC